AUGGUGUCACCACUUCGUGCCCGACGUGUUGCAUUUCACGGAGCACCAGCGGAAGUCGGAGGUGGUGGCUUCCAGCCCACCGCGCUGCGGAUUGCGCGAAUAAAUGAGCAGCUUGCGGAGCUUCAGGCAUUGAUGCAAGUCACGAUCCACAAGUUGGACAGCCAACAAGCAGACUCGGCGCUGGUGUUGCAGCGCCUGCGUAGUCGUUUGCUGGACAGCCUAUGCCCGCAAAAGUUGCGGAAGACGGAGCGGCUCAGAAAGCUGGUGAAGCGGCUGGCCGCAUUGGAGCAGAACGUUGGCCGUGAGCAAGCCGAGUGCGUGAAAGUCAUGGAGGCCGUGUUGGCAACUGUAGAGCGGAACGGGCAGGUGGCUGAAGCCGUGUGCCACCACCUUGGUUCUCGUAAACGUGAAGCAAUGAUGCCGAGCAUGUCGUGCUCCCCGUUUUCCUCAUCGGCAUCGCUGGUUGGCCAGCUUGGGAGGAUGCUUGGAGCAGUGAGAACGGAAGAUUCUGAGCGUCAUGGUCUCGGGCUACCCGCCGGAACUAUGUCGGCAAAGACAGCCCAAGAGGAUGCGGCCGCGAUUGCUGCCAUCCAGCGGCUGCAUGUGGACAAGGCGGCCGUGCCAGCUCGACUGCCGGAGGAAACUUAUUUGCAGGCGGAGGAGAGCACAGGACCUUCGUUUCGUGCAACGCCAGAAGUAGACCAGGCCUUCAGCCGGGGAUCCCAAAAAACCAUGGGUCAGCUGCCUACCUUGCUUUGGGCUGAGCCGCCGCCCCUGCCGGACACCGCGGCUGCAGCCCCGGGUUUGCAGUCGGCCUUUCCUCUUCACAAGCUGCUGCUUUGCUUGCGAUGGCUGCCGUCGAGCUCACUGCUGGCAGCAGAGCUUUGCUGUCGCGAGCUCAGGGAGCUGGUCCUCCAGCGCGGCUUCAUCCCCGACCUCUGCCUCAACGAAGAAGAGUUCUUGGGCAGCUGUGAAGGUGUGGUGUCAUGGCUCGAAGAGCGGGCCUCUCGUGCAGGCUGCCAGAAACUGAAAUAUUUGGAGACUGUGAGCCUGAGGGCGAUGCCGACGCUCACAGAGUCCCAUAUCAACCGACUCCUCAAGAUUUGCCCCGGACUGAAGUGCCUCGAUCUUUCAGACAAUGAGGAGACACUGACUCCACGGGUCAUGGAUCUACUGCGGGAGGCAGCUCCGCCUCUGGAAGCACUGGUUCUCCCAACGCUGCGUGCGUCGCACUUUCGUGCCGUGAGCACGCUGGUCAGAUUUCCAAAGCUGAAAGCCUUGGACCUUCCGUUGCAUCAUCAGCCGGUCACUUCGGCCAUCAUCCAGUCUUCCAGGCUUCUGUCGCUUCGGCUCACCAGCACCCUUCAGGAUGAUCUCUUGAAGUUGCUGGCGGAGGGCGGCCUGCCCCAGCUGGAGGAUGUCUGGCUCCUCCGCUGUCCUGGACCAGUUCUGGCAGAGGCUGCAAAGCGCUGCCCCCUGAAGAGCAUCGGACUCGCUGUGGAGCCUCCGUGCGAUUUCGAGUCUCUGACACGAAUCAUCCAGGCCAGUGGAAGCAGGCUCCAAUUCCUCAACAUCCCAUCCAGGCUUCAACCGGGACAAGCCAACCGAAACAUCGGCGAAUUGCUGGCCGAGCUCUGCCCUGAACUUGAAGGCCUGUACAUGCACACAGCCACCCUCCCGCUGACAACGGCUGGACUCUCGCAGCUGCUGCAUGGUUGUGCGAAGCUGCACAGAGUAUCGCUUUCACAUGUACAGGGAAGCUGCCUCGGUUCCGCUGCACCGGCACCGGUGGGGCCGAAAAGGUUGACAUUGGCUUCCUGCGAGCUGCCGUCACUGGCGAAAAGUCCUUUCGCUCUCUGGCUCGAUGGGCCCCUGGUCGACCUCAAGCUGGAGCGUCUACCGAACUACUGUCCGGACCCGGAGGAAGUGGUCAAGCUGCUGGCGUCCGCCUCCGUCUCGGAGGACCUUGCUCUUCGGAGCCUUCGCCUGGCUCACCUUCCCAAGCUUCCGGCAGCAGCCGCGCUGCAGCUGAUGUCCAUCUCAUCGCUGACUUCGCUGAGCUUGUGCAAUGUUGAUCUGCCCGGCGAAGCUUGGGAGGAGCUCCCGAAGUUGCGAGGAUUGCGAGACCUGACGAUCCAGAGGAGAGCACCGCCAAAUUCUUCCACCAGCGCAGAGAUGCCGGCGACGGCAUCGCCGGCUCUGGAGCACGCUCUGCUGCAAGUGGUGCAGAAUUGUCGGAGCUUAAGGAAACUGGACCUCUAUGGCAUGCGGUCCGCCAUUACCGACAAGCUGUGCGUGCUGUUAUUGCACAGUAAUCUCUCCUGGCCUUAUGGCAGUGGUCUUCGGUUUCUGCGCCUGGACCUCCGCUACGGUUGCGCCGCCGAAGAGGUGCUCCGUGCCGUGAAGGCUUCGGCGGCCCAAACCAUGUCGGUUCGCAUUCUGCCGCAGGAUUCGUCGUCGUCGUCGCCAGUGCUGCCCGGCCUUGUGAAGGCCCAGGCGAAGAUUCGUGGGUACCUUGUCAGAAAGCAAGCCGAGAGACACAAGUGGACGUACAUGUUCCCUUUUUCCUGCUGUACGCAGUGA